AUGACCUCCCAGGCGAAGAGUAUAAGUCCGAGUCAACGCUGGUUGGGGAACGAUGGAAAUUGGUCGACCUUUGCGAUCAAUGUAGGCACGCCGCCGAAGACGCUUUUCGUUCUCCCUUCGACAUCCGGACGCUCGACCUGGGUCGUAUUGCCUCAAGGAUGCGGCGCAGAAGCAGAUCCAAGUACCUGCAAUACAACCCGAGGAGAAGUCUUUGAUCCAAGCCUCUCGUCGACUUUCAAACGGGUUGGCGACCCUAAUAAGUUUUAUCAGCUCAAUUUUGGACCCGAGGAAGACCUUAGUCCGUUACUACCUCCAGCAUUGAAUUACACUGGAGCUUCCUUGCCAGGGACCGACGUUCUAGGCUUUGGCACCGACUCGAACGACGCCCCAACACUGGAUAAUCAACUCAUUGUCGGAUAUGCGACGAAGGUGCCCUACGUUGGCCAGCUGGGCCUAGCAUCGGCCAAUGAGACCGUCGUGAGUCUACAAGAACCAGAGCGCAGCGUGCUAGAAGCGCUGCAAAGCAUCGAUGCCAUAUCAAGCCAAUAUUGGGGCUACACAGCGGGCGCCAUAUAUCGCGACUCGUUUGGUAGCUUAACGCUCGGCGGCUACGAUGCCAACGCAGGGAAUGUCGACAAUGUCUUGACGGUACCGAUGGAUCAAGAUACUAACCGUAGUCUGACCCUCGAGAUCGUGUCGACCAGUCUGAGCGAUGUCCUGCAACCUCUCAGCACGGCAGCAAUUCCCGCGCUAAUCGACAGUGUUGUGCCAGAGAUAUGGCUACCGGAAGCCUUAUGCAGGGAGUUUGAAAAUGAGCUGGGCCUCGUCUGGAAUGAUACCGUGGGGAUGUACCUGGUGGAUGAUGAUUUGCAUAAUCGACUGACCACGCGCAAUGCAUCUGUGAUUUUCUCGUUAGCCGCCAGCGCUGGCGAUACCCGGACUACAGUCAAUAUAACUCUACCUUACGCAGCAUGGGAUCUGAGCGUGGGCUAUCCACUUUUGGGGGCGCUAUAUGGAAAUGAUUCGACAAGAUCAAUGAGAUACUUUCCACUGAAGAGAGGCAACUCCAAUGAUCAGUACUACCUUGGGCGGACCUUUCUACAAGAAGCGUACGUCGCGGCCGAUUAUGACAACCAAGAGUUCCAUGUCUCGCCGGCAACGUUCGGUUCUGGUGCUCAAGAUAUUCGAACAGUGACAUUCCCGCGUAAAAGUGGUCUCUCGGGAGGUGCAAUAGCAGGCAUUGUGAUAGGUGUCGUUGCAGCAUUGGCGAUCGCGGGCGGGUUGCUGUGGUGGUUCUGCUGGCGGAAGCGAAAGGGCAAGAAGAAGGAGCGCAGAAGCACACUCGCAACAUCCAGCAUUGGCGACAACACCACAAUCGCGGAAUGGCAAGACGGAGUGCAGAUGCAGCAAGUCGAGCAAUACAAACCAGCAGAGGUCUCCGGCGAGGAACUCGAUCGCUUCAAGCCAGAAUUGGAUGCCACAGUCACUGCUCGCGGUGCGCCAACGGAGAGGCAUGAGCUGUGGGGCGGUAGCGUCCGAAGAGCAAGUGACCAGUCGAGAGCGAGCAUAUCACCCCUGGAGGAAAGGCAUAGGAUGAGCCGGUACAGUCACAAUCGCACGGUGUCUUCAAACUCGUUUGGCCAGCCGAGCCCGCCGAUGUCAGACCAGCCGAGCCCGCCAAUAGGCCAUCCGAGUCCACCGCUGGUCGAUCAGGAUAGUAGCUGGUUUGGAGCGCCAUUAUAUGAGCUACACGGACGGUCGAGAGACAGCCCUCGUUCACCAACCAGUCCUAUGCAGGCGCCGGAAGAAGUACCGCUUUCGAGUGAACACAUGCUGGGUCCGAGCGAACGUGAAACCAGGAGAUCUGGAUUUGUUGAGGAGUUUGAUAGACCUGCACAGUCGGAUGAUAGGCAAUGA